CGCGAACCUGGUCGACCCCGAUAGCUGUUUCACGCGCGACCCUCGCGCCCGACCCCACAACCUUCACAGGCCUGCUCGCCAUUCGUCGUCGCUAGAUGGCAGAUGGUCACCGCUAUAUGCAGCAGUCCUUCUCGACCCCUCUGCCCGCCCAGUUCGCCUCUAACACCAACAUCGCGACGGGACUCCUCCUGAAUUCCUUGCUCAACCAUUUUAUCGCCGACCCCUCCGCCGCCCAGCAAGCCGCCGCCCAAGCCAACCCCGACCACGCGAACCAAAAUAACCGAGGCAUGUACGGCCAGAAUCACCCGCAGGGGCACAACCCCCGACUCAAUGGCGCCGCGCCAGGCCGACAACCCAACAUGCCCAUGUUCUACAACCAUGUACCACAGCAAGGUCAUCCACACCAGGGGCACAAUGCGCACCACCAGGUCCUCCAGGCCGGCCACUCGGGGCAUGGUGCGAGGAACGACCUGAUGAGCCAUUCUACCUUCUCGAGCGGCAUAAUGGCCAACGCCAGCCCUUAUACUACCAACAACCUCCAGAACGGCCACUCGGUCGCCGCUAGGGGCGGUCCGGCCGAGCAGCCCGCCAACGAGCAUUGGCAAAAGCAAAUGCGCCUAAAGGAAGAGUCGGAUCGCGCACAUUCUGCAAUGACGGAGCAGCACCAACCUCACUACUACGCGCGGCUUAAGGCGCCCGAAAACAAGGGGAUAGGAGGCGCCCUGACCGCGGGUGGCACAAACGCCUCUGGUGAUACCGAGGAGGAAGUUAGGAGAAGACCCUACCAAGUGGAAAAGAGGAAUAGAAGACAAGACUGGCACAACCUGGACAUGAGUGGCCAGGGACUGCGCGCUCUUUCCUCGGCGCUGUUCAGCUAUGACUUCUUGGUAGAGCUCUAUAUUGCCUCCAAUCGAUUAACGUUCCUGCCCGCCGAGAUCGGCAAACUGCGUCACCUCAAGAUUUUAGAAGCGUCCAACAACCUUCUUUCCGAGCUUCCCCCGGAGAUUGGCAUGUGCACCAGCCUCGAGAAACUGCUCUUGUUCGACAACCAGAUUAGAGAUCUGCCGUACGAAUUGGGCUCCCUUUACAAGCUGGAUAUUCUCGGUAUCGAAGGGAACCCAAUCAACCCGGGUCUGAGGGAAGAGAUUGUGGAACGUGGAACAAAGAGCUUGAUCAAUACCCUACUUGAGCAAGCACCAGUUCCUCUCCCCCCCAGUCCUCGGAAACCCAUUGUCGUACAAGAAGACGUAUCACCCAGUCUCGAGCGGAUCAAGGUGAUGACCUGGAAUAUCCUAUGCGACAAGUUUGCGACAACCAAUAUGUACGGUUAUACGCCUACCGGAGCGCUCUCGUGGGAUUACCGAAAGGAGCGGAUUCUCCAGGAAAUACGGGACAGGGACGUGGACAUGUUGUGUCUGCAGGAGAUCGCUACGGACGUCUUUAGGGAUUUCUUCAGUCCGGAGCUUGCUCAGAAUGACUACAAGGGUGUCCACUGGCCUCGGCCCAAGGCCAAGACAAUGAACGAGAAGGAUGCGGCAGCAGUAGAUGGAUGCGCCAUCUUCUACAAGGGAAGCAAGUGGAUCCUGCUGGAUAAGCAGCUGAUCGACUACGCCAACAUUGCCAUCAACCGUCCCGACAUGAAGAACCAGCAUGAUAUUUUCAACCGGGUCAUGCCCAAGGACAACAUUGGCAUCAUCUGCUUCUUCGAGAGCAGGCGCACGGGCGCGCGCGUCAUCGUCGCCAACACGCAUCUGGCAUGGGAGCCAACACUAGCCGACGUCAAGCUUGUCCAGAUGGCCAUUCUCAUGGAGAACAUCACCAAGUAUGCCGAGAAGUAUGUCCGCUGGCAACCCCUGAAGGACAAGCGAGGCAUCCAGAUCCCGCAAUCCGUCUCGGUCGAGAGCGACAUUCCGAAACCCGAAAUGCCCGAGCCGGGCCCCUCGCAGGAAUACCGCUCCAACACGGACAUCCCCCUCCUCGUCUGCGGCGAUUACAACUCUACGCAGGAAUCCUCCGUCUACGAGCUUCUGUCCAUGGGCCGCGUCACGCCCGAGCAGUCCGAUUUUGGCCCCCACCAGUACGGCAACUUCACGCGCGACGGCGUCGCCCAUCCGUUUAGCAUGCGGUCCGCGUAUGUCCAUCUCAACGGCACGCCCGACGAGCUCUCCUUCACCAACUACGUGCCCGGAUUCCAGGAGGUCAUUGAUUAUAUCUGGUACUCGACCAACACGCUCGAAGUGGUGGAGUUGCUUGGCCCUCCCGACCAGAACCAUCUGAAACGGGUGCCUGGUUUCCCUAACUACCAUUUCCCCGCGGAUCAUAUCCAGAUCAUGGCUGAGUUUGUGAUUAAGCAAAGGAAGGGAGAGAAGGUUAAGGGGGUUAUUCAUGGUGGCGGGUCUGGUCAGCAGGAUGGUGGACAGGAUUUUGGAUCUGGUUCCAAGUAGUAGGAUGACGGGUGAAGUGAAAGGAGUGUGGACGGACAGUUUAUUUGCUUGGAAGUGUAAAUGUGAUGUGGGUGAUACGUACGAUAGAGGAAGAGAUGGAUGGAUGGAGGAAUGGAAUUGGGAAGAAAUUAGGUUUGGUUUUCAAGUGGACU